AAAGUAAACAGAAUCGAUAUCAACCAGAACCAUGCAUGAGAGUUUCAUCUUUAAUUACAACUAGGAGAUAACCUGUGUUGUGAAAAACUAUUUAAAUGUUUAACAUCACUGUGAGAGAAUAAUGACCCACUGCUUGGUAAAUUAGGUCAGAUCACAGCAUCUCAAUCAGAUUAAGAUCUGAGCUUUGACUAGGCCAUUCCUCCAUUCCUAAAUCUUGAUUUUGUUUCUUUAGACAUUGACAGGUUGUCUUGCUGGCUUGUUUUGAAUCAUUGUUCUGCUGCAUCCCAAACUGAUGGUGAGUCAUUCUCCUUUAGGAUUUUCUAAUAGAGCAGAAUUCAUGGUUCCAUCAAUAACAGCAAGUCCUCCAGGUCCUGAAGCAACAAGGCAGCCCCAGAGCAUCACACUACCGCCACCAUGUUUGACUUUUAGUCCAAGUAAAAUGGGACACACACCUUCCAAAAAAGAUCCCAACUCAGUCCGCUGAAUAUUUUCCAAGUCUUGUAAAUCUCUGUUGCCCUCUACUGGUUGACCAAUCCUGCGGAUGUUUUUUUUUCCAGCUAAUAUUAAAAUAUUUAUACAUAUAGAUGUAUUUAAAUCCGUUCCAGUCCCGGUUCUGGUCCAGGAACCUCUGGGCUCACAGUAGGACAGCUCAUUCAUCUUUUCUCUAUUUCUCAGCGUUUUAAAUGCGACGCAUGCGCAGUGGUGGGUAGCCCUCGGACUUUGAGGAAACAGUUUAGUUUGAGUUUUAAAGCUGCAGCAGAAACUGCGUGGAUUUUUCUCAGUCCGUUCAUGAGCCGCUCAGGUCUUCUGUUUUUGUUCUGAUCGGAGAGAUUCAGCAGCUCUCACAGUUUCAGAGGAUAAACUGUAAACAGACUCGCUGGUCCGGUUCUUCAUCCUCCGUCCUGCUCCAGUCUGCUGUUUUGCCUUCACCUUUGAAGCCGAUCAUGUGACCACUCUCACCUGCUGCACAGAUCCUCAGUUCUCCCUUCAGCGUGUCUGUUUAUGGAAGACAGGUGAUGCCUGAAGGAUCCCACAGCUCCCCGUCUCACAUCCCAAUGGGUGAAGAGUCGCCUCGUCUCUCCAUCGCCUCCUUCAGCAGCGAUGAGCGUACUCCAUCUGCCACUCCCUCAGACUCCUCUGACCUGACGCUGGCAGGUCAGCGUCCGGUGAGCCUGAUCUCCACCGUGUCGUCAGGGUCCGGGUCCUCCAGAGAGGACUACCUUGCCCCGACUCGGGUGUCUGAGGGGUCCUCCAGCAUCAAUUUAAACCAGAACUUGAGUCCUGAAAAGAAGGGGCGGAGCUUCAUUCACAACAAGAACAGCAACAACAAAGUGUGUACCCCAAUCCGAGCCUUGAGCCGCCGGGAGCAGGCGUCACCUUUCAUAGCCGCCACCAUGGCGCCCAACCCUCAGCUGACCUAUCUGGACCGCGUCAUCAUGGAGAUCAUCGAGACGGAGAGGAUGUACGUCAGAGACCUGAGGAUGAUUGUAGAUGAUUAUCUCGCUCACAUCAUUGAUGAGUCGGACCUGUCGAACCACCCCGAGCUGGUCUGCGCUCUUUUUGGGAACAUCGAGGACAUCUACGAGUUCAACAGCGAGCUCCUGCAGGACCUCGAAAUGUGUGACAAUGAUCCCGUCGCCAUUGCCAGGUGUUUUGUCAUGAAGAGUGAAGACUUUGAUAUUUACACACAGUACUGCACCAACUACCCAAACUCGGUCGCAGCGCUGACGGAGUGCAUGAGGAAUAAAUCUCUGGGCAAGUUUUUCCGGGACCGUCAGGCGUCCUUGAAGCGCUCCCUGCCUCUGGGUUCAUACCUGCUAAAACCUGUUCAGAGGAUCCUUAAAUACCACCUGCUGCUCCAGGAGAUUGCAAAGCACUUUGACCCAGAGGAGGAGGGUUAUGAGGUGGUGGAGGAGGCCAUCUACACCAUGACGGGGGUGGCGUGGUACAUCAACGACAUGAAGAGGAAACACGAGCACGCCGUCCGACUGCAGGAGGUCCAGUCUCUGCUGCUGAACUGGAAAGGUCAGGACCUCACCACCUAUGGUGAACUGGUCCUGGAAGGAAGCUUCAAGGUUCCACGGGCCAGACACGAGAGGACCCUCUUCCUGUUCGACCGCAUGCUGCUCAUCACCAAACGGCGUGGAGAGCACUACGUCUACAAGACGCACAUCUCUUCCUCCACAUUGCUGCUGAUCGAGAGCGCCAAAGACUCUCUGAGCUUCAGCGUGAGCCAUUACAAACACCUCAAACAGCCUCAUACUGUGCAGGCAAAGACGGUGGAGGAGAAGAAGCUUUGGGCUCAUCACAUCAAACGCAUCAUUUUGGAAAACCACCCAGCAGCCAUCCCACAGAAGGCUAAAGAAGCCAUUCUGGAAAUGGAUUCCAUCUGUCCUCCCAGGUAUCGUUACAGCCCCGAGCGGCUGAAGAAAGCGGUGACAGAGGAGUUUCCUCGAGAGGCUCGUCAGGGCCGCAGACAGUCAGAGCCAACCAAACAAAUGCUUAAGAGGACUAAAGCGCCUCUGGAGCACGCGAACAGCGAGGACCUGUCACUGGAUGACAGGCGCUCGCUGCAGGGCGCCAUCAGCAGCAGCACGCUGGGAUCCAGCAGUCUGGGAGAGUCAGAUGUUGAUGUGCUCGUCCACGAGGAGGAUUUCACCAGCAGGGGUUGCUCUCUGGAGAGACUGGUUUGCAGCGAAGAAGAACUGGAGGCAGAGACAGGGCGACUGGAUGAGUUUCUCAUAGCGGAUGAGCAGGUAGAGGACUUUGCCAGCUCUGUGCUGGCUGCCAUCUCCUGCUGGCACUACAGUGUCCAGGCCUUCCUUUCCUCUGCUAGGACGGAUGCAGAGCAAGGUGGCAUCAUCUCAAUCAAAGAAAAUGGACAGCAUUCUGAAGAUGAGCUGAAUGGACCGGAACCAACACCUUCGCAGCAGUCCACACAUAAUUUGCCUCUGGAGACACCAUUGGAAAAAACAAAAGAACCAGAACCAGAACCGUCCUCUGAUCCUGCUCCUUCCAUGAUCCCAGAGACCUCUCAAAUGUCAGAAGAUCUGAAGCCUGAUGAAGAACCAGACCAUGUUGAAUUGCCAUCUUCUGCCACAGUCAAUUCUGACGCAAAGACCCUGAGCAGUGGCGAGUCCUCUGAGGAAGAGGAGGAUGAGAGGGAAGCGGCAGAUAAGGAGUCCAGUUCUCCCAGUAUUCUCCCAUCCUCUGUCCUGGACAAGGCCAGCGCCAUCGCUCAGCACUUCUCCAACACCAUGAAGAGAGGCAGCCUGGCCCAGGACGACGCCCGCUCCCUCGGAUGUCCUUCUCCUCGUUUACCCAGCAGGACCGGCAGCAUGCUCAGCCUCAGGUCCGAGUCGGCCGACCGACCGCUGCGGCUCAACAGCAACUCUUCUGAUCCUCCAGAGGCUCCCUGUGGAGCAGACUUCAGUCUGCUGUCCCCCCGAGAUGACAGCCUCUUUGAUCCAGACCGAAGCCUUCGGCGAAGGCGGGACUCCACCCUGUCCAAGCAGGACCAGCUGCUCAUCGGGAAAAUCAAGAAUUACUACGAGAAAGCUGGAAACCAAGACGGCGCGUUCGGCCUUCGACGCAGGGAGAGUCUGACGUACAUCCCGUCAGGGUUGGUCCGGAGCUCCGUCAGCCGCUUCAACAGCAUCCCGCGAGAUGAGACGGUCCAGUCCAAUCCUCUCUCCACAGAUCUUCACCCAGCUCCACAUACAGAGAGCAAGGGUCACAUGGUUUCUAGUCAUUCCUUGGACUCUUUGAAGUCUGAUGAGUUGAGCAAUGACUUUGAAGAACAGCGCAGCUCCAGGUCUCAAAGCACAUACGACGAUCUGUCAGAGGAAGAGUUCAGACCAUCAUCUGAGAUGAUUAAGGUCUGGCAGGGAAUGGAGCGACAGAUGUCCAGAUCCCAGAGUGAAGACAGAGAAUCAAAUCGAUCCAGAGGUUCUCCAGAACCCUCCAGAGCUGCUAGCAUCACCAGCUUUACCUGGGCCAAGACCUGUGACCCAGAGUGUGGAGCCUCUGACCUCAGCACCAUCACAGAGGACUCCACAAGUCCCUCACCCCCAAAGACCAAAACCUCAAGGCUUAGUCAGACCGGAGGUCAGACAAACACCCUGAGAUGUUUCGGGGAAGAAACCAUGACCCUCAGAGCCACGGUUCCUCGGGUGGCGCAGCUGAAGGCAGAGGCCAGCGGCGAAAAACCAGCAGAGGACUCGGAACAAACGGACGAGGUGAACCGGGCCGAGAGCAAAGUCCUCCUUCUGGCUCGUCGGUACAGCCAACAGAUCAGAUCCACAAGUCCUGUGGUCAGACAGCGAGGUCCGGCUGGUCUGUCCAGCAAGAGUCUGGCCUGUGUGGUGGAGGAGAAGGAGAGUUCAGGUAAACCCAACCUGACUCUGCCGCUGGUUUCUAAAAGCCCGUCUACAUCUCUGCCUCUGAGCCCGGUGGACCCCGUCCAGUCCCCGACCGCCUGCAGGUCACCAGGCCAGCCUUCCUCCCGCAGCCCUCUCAGCCCUCUUCCCCCCAUCGAGGGCUUCAGCUGGCCUGAUGUUCGGGAACUUCGCUCCAGAUACUCCAACAGCGGCCGAUCCCUGAAGAGUCCUAUGAGCCGCAGCUCCACCAUCCCGGAGCGCAUGUUGGUUGGGGGUCUCAGGAGGCAUUCUAGCGGGUCUUCCAGCCAUCUCCACUCUGACGAAGGUUCCAGCGGAGUUUCUUUACGCAAGUCUCGAGGCAGCCGCGCCGCUGGCAAGGAGGAACGCUCCAAACGGCUUCAGAGAGCCAAUUCUCUGGACCCUCGGCUGAGUUUGCCCCAAAUGAGUGAGCUGCAGAGGCUUCAGAACCAGGCCAGCAACGACAUAGAGGAUGGUUACUACAUCGCAGGUGAGGCACCGCUCACUGAUGACCCAGAACACAAGAUCAUAAUCAUGGAGAAGCUUCCAGAGCAUGAUAAAAAAGCCAAUAAAUCCACUGGGGAAGAUGACGAUGGAUACGUCCAGAUCCGUUCACCAACCAGCAGGGAGAAGAUCUCCAUCAUGGCCGUCAUCGAACGCUGCCGAGCCUACCAGGAGUCCGACGACUACAAACAGAGGGAGGAAGCGAAGACUAAAAAUGAACCAACGAAGCCUCACGAGUCCAUCAAGACGCCAGGCGCUUCUUUAGAACAGCACGAGUCCCAGAAAACGAGAUCAGGCUCUGGACAGAAGGUGGAGAGCGGUCAGAAGAACAUCGUGAAAAACCUGAGAGAAAAGUUUCAAAGCAAAUGCUAGGAGACCUGAAGCAUUCCAAGUUUACCAACAGUUUGAAGACCAACGGGAACUCUGAGACUCUUUAAGCCAAAUGAUGCACGGCAACAAAUUUCUCGCUGCUACACUGUGACAAGGUGAACAUACAAGUUCAUUCGUUUAAAGUCUGGAAGAUCCAUAAUUUUAAAUGUUUCAUGAGGUUUCAGGCUCGUUCCUGUAAGUGUCCUCCUCCAAGCAUCAAGAGCAGAUUUGAUUAAAAGCACCUUUUUUUAACCAUUUGUCCUGUUGGACAUUUUCUGCGCUGAGAGAAAUGAUUAUGUUGAACCUGUGAAACGGGUCGUUCUGGUUCUCCUUAAUGACGGGAUGAGAGGACUAACCACUAGGCCGGACCGGACUUUCACGCAGAGUCGCAGUGUUUCAGAGCAGCGGAGUUGGAGUGAAAGAGAAUAAUUUUGUCAUCAGCGGGACGUUUCAGGACAGACGGGAACGCUGUCUGUCAUUUCAAGACGAGUAAAAAACAGCCAUUUAGGGUCCUGUUUCAUGUUGCUAUAGCAACUGCAUGAAGCUUGUUGACAGCUGGUUUGCAGCAGCAGGUUUAUUGUUCAGCGUCUCUGAUUCAGCGCUUGGUGCUGAGAAAAAUCCUAAAAUUAAACAAACUUUCUCCAAUAAAAAUAAUUAAUUGCUGCGUUUCCUAAAAACCCAGAAGGUUCUGGAUCCAGGUUUAAAUCCACUCGUCUUUGGGGUGAAUGUCGUAAUAAUUUGGGCUUUUAAUGAUUUGAUUGAGCCGUUGUUUUUCCAGGCUGGAAUGAUUAUGAAACCAACCUGUGGCAUCAUUCCAGCUGGACAUUUGACUUGGCGGUGUUGGAAGAGUUUAUUUAAACUGGUUUGUUUUCUGGAACGGGCUCAAGCUUUGAAGCAUAGUCCACACAUUUCCAAUAUGGUUUAGGUUGGAGCUUUGGCUGUUUAGUGUUAGCUUAAUUCUGUCCCAGAACCAGUUUGGAUGUUUGCUUUGGGAUCCUUAUCUGGUCCGAACGCCCAGCUGUCUCCAGGUUUCAACCAUCCAGCGUUGGAUUUGGGGUGAAGUGAACUAAUAGGUGGUUCUUGUACAUUCUUCUGCAAAACCCUCAGCAUGAUGCUACCACCACUAUGCUCAACAUCAGGUUCAGUGUUCGCCUUGACUCCAAACAUAGACUGAGCUCUGUCUUGACCAGAAAAUCUUCCUCCAGCAGACAUUUGGCUGGUCCUUGUGGGCAGAUUUGUGGUUGAAGCUUCACAUCCUGAUCAGUUUCAUCUUGGACACAGCUGGUUGUUCCAGUAGGACAAUGAUUGCUAACAAACAUCAGAACUGGUUUUUAAUGGAUAAAGCAUUAAGCUGGAAUGACCUUCACAAAGAUCUGACCUCAACCCUGCGUGACCCCUUGUGAACUUGCUCAAAACAUGCCAGUCAGAAAUCAGCCAGAAGCUCUAUGAUGGCUACAGAAAUUGUGGCUGAGGUGGAAAUACCUAAGAGACAUUUAACCAGACAUUAUUGGGGUGUAUGGAUGUAUACCUGAGCCUGUAUGUAUAAUUCUGACCCAUCAUAAAUGUAUUCUUGUAGACUGCAUGCUUGAUUUAUGCUUUAAAUAAAAGGUCAACAUUGUUGACCUAGAUACUGAUGACGAAUAAUGUGACUGAAAAUCAAAAAGAGCAGAUAUAAAAUUUUACUGUUAAAAUCUGGGCUGCAGGCAAUAAAUUAGUUUAUGGAUGAUUUAACUAGGACAGUAAAAAAUGGAAUAUUUCAAGAGUAAAAAUAUUUAAAUUUAUUCUAUUUAAUUAAGAUAAAUUAUUGUUUUCCUCCGUUAGCAUGUUACUUCUGAUCUAACCUUAUUGUUUCACAUACAGAUCAUUUUUUAAUGUUGUGCCUUUUUGUGAUUUUAUUCCAAGUCUUUUUCAACAUUUUAUUUAAUGAGUCAUGUUUUAUUCCCCCUGCACUCAAACAUCACGUCCUUGCUCAGAGGCACGGGGGCAGGUUGGAACCUGUGACCUCUGCUGACCUCCGGUCCAUCCUCUUCGUCACUCAGUCUGUGCGCUCUUCUUCCUCCUCGUAUUUAUUGGAUCUUGUGUAAAUAGAAACGUUUCUAUUAACAUAUGAAUGUUAGAGGAUCACAAUGAUUAUGAUUAUGUACAUACUUUUUAUCUGUGAUGAUGCCAACAACAUUAAACAGAAGAAAGCAAA